GUUACCGUUUAUGACCGUUGAACUAGCCGUUGCAUUUUUCAUUAUAAAUACUCAUCAAUUUCAAUCAUUUUCAUUCACAACUCAUCUCUUCUCCUACUCUCUCUACUUACUCUCUCUACUUAAUUCUUUAAUUACGCAAUUAUUCUCUUAAUUAAAUAAUUAGUCUUUUAAUUAUUUCUUAAUUUAGUUAGUUACAUAAUUAAUUAUUUAUUUAUUUAUUAAUUCUAUAUUUCUAUUAUUACUUCAAUAUUAUCAAUCAUGUCUUCAUUUUUGAAAAAAGCCACAAAAAAAGUUACUAAAGUGGCAAAAUCAUUGGGAGGUUCCAGUUCGUCCAAAAGAAAGGCCACUUCUACUCCGUCGGUAUCAACAACACCUUCCAUUAGUAAUUAUAAUUAUGAACAUAAUUAUCCGGAAGGGUACGACCCGGAGUUACAUAAUUAUGCAGAAGAAGUGGAAAGAGAAAUACAAAUUGAUGAAGAAGAAGAACAAGAAGAGGAACCAACGACCCCAAUUGGGAUAAAUAUAUCUCGACAGUCAUCAACAAGAUCACAUGAAGAACAAGGAGAACAACAACAAAGACAAGCUCGUGGUAAACGAGUCAAUUUUCAAACUAUCGAUGAAGAUGAACCAGUAAGACAACCUUUUCCGGCAAUGCCACCUCCUAGUGGUAGAGCUGUUUCACAUGUGUGGUCGUAUUUCACAAAAGAACCAACCGAGAAUCCAGAUAUUUUCUUAUGCACUUGUCAAAUUUGUGAAAGUCAAGGAGUAAAGCCCUUAGUUUCAUACAGUUUCGCCAGAGGUAAAUACUUUUUAAGUUUUUUAUACAUACUGACAUACAUAAUACAUUGAUACAUUAUAUAUUCAUAUUUUAUAAACAUUUAUUUAUUGUGUUUUGUGAAUACGUGUUAGGUGGU